GCCCAUUGAAGCAACAGUAGCAUGAUCACUAAGAGAACAGCCCGAGGGAGAAGCACUCGAGCUCAAUUUCAGCUAUCCAGAAGCGGGUUUUUAUUUUAACAAUUAUUAUUUUGCAUUUUAGAGCGUUUAUCGGGUUGCUGUCAUCUACACUGUAUAUGGAAUAUAAUUUUUGGAACACAAAAGAACAAAAGAAGAUAACACUUAAACUGAAGUUCAAAAUGGAAUUACGCGUACUUAUCUCAGUGAUACCGAUCAUUGUCUCUGGGUUUUUACAAACAGUGACUUCAGUAUCGAUGAGUCAGGAGACAGAGCCGGUGGCCACCGCGCGACCUUCCACGCGCCACAUCAGGACAAAGCGCUGCUCCUGCGCUACGUUCUUGGACAAGGAGUGCGUCUAUUUCUGUCAUCUCGACAUCAUAUGGGUCAACACGCCAGAACGCACAGUAUCCUACGGUCUGGGAAAUGCUCCUAGAAAGAAGCGGUCGCUCGAGAAGCCCUUGCCGCUCACGCGCACACAGCAGAAAAGACGCUGCCAGUGCGUGGAUAAAGACGACAGCACGUGCUUGAUGUUCUGUCAAAAAGAUAACACACCGACUCGGUUGCGGGCAGCGAGUGCUCCAGCCCAGGGCCAUGGAUGCGCCGCGUGGCAGUGCUUGUACGACCUGGCAGCCAACAAGGGGGGGAUUAACAGGGCAAACGUCGGCAACCUGAGCAUCGGGACCCCCUCGGCCCUGAGGAGCGCGUGGAGGGCGAUAGGUUUGCGCCGGGCACGGGCGCGUGGACGGGGGCGGGGACGGGUUCGAACGGGCGGGAACACGGCCUGAGUCCUGUCCUCCGCCCCACCCCCCGUCCCGCUACCGAAAGGGACACGGAGACCUUUGCGAAAGGGGAGGUUUGGCACAAUGGACCAACGAGCGGAAGACCCCCUCCCUUCUGGUAGACAUCUCAGGACGGUCCACACAGCGACGCCCCUCAGAGGAUGGAGCAGGAGCGGGGGCGGGCGGGGGGGGUGGGGGGGGGUCGUAGCAGGACGAAAGCUCCAUCGCCUCAAGGUCGCUCCAUCGCCUCAAGGUCACGUGCACAGUGUUAAAUGGAUGUGUGGCACAGGACCUACAGUUCAGGACCUAAACGCCUCUCUCUCUCUCCCACCAAGUCGUCCAGUAGCAUUUACCCAUCAAACCCCCACCCGCGGAAAUUUUAAAGCUACCUCUCCCGUGUCCUGCCGCAAGUCAGAAGCACCCUUCCUCAGUCGCCCCCUUUUUUCUUCGAACUUCGCAGCCGUCGGAAUUCGCGAAUAAAUCGCAAAAAGUUACUGAAAAUGAGAACAUUCAGAAGCAUGGAGAUAAGCGAAGACUGUAACCUAAGAAGAUGAUUGGCCGCACAUUCUCUUGUCCAUGAGACUCAGCUCCCACUGGGAAUCAACUGACUAUUUCCUAUAAGACAACAGAAUGAAAUGUCUCUCUCUGGAUGUAAAAGAGAUGAAAACCCACAGGCCUAUUAUAUAUAUAUAUAAGCCAGUUUCGGGGACUUUUCUUCCAUGGUUUUGGGGUUCACCAUUUUAGCCUCGAAGAUUCCACCAUUAUGAAUGUCCAUUCCACCAUGGGACAGAGGGUUUUUUUGUAUUUUUCUUUUGUAUAAAAUACAUAUGACCUUUCUAUACACAUUGUAUAAUGACAGUUAUGUAAAAUGACAAUUAUAUGUUACUGCAAAUUCCUUUGUCCUUCAGCAGGUUAAUCUAUCCAUGUUAAAUAUGUAUUGUAACUUGGCCACAUUGGUCUGUGACUUUCGCCGUCUGUCAUUUCUGUGAAAUGGUUCAUCAGAAUAAUGCCACGAAAAAGGCAUACAGUAAGAAAUAAAAACAACUGCCUAUUUAAACUA